AUGGGGCAAACGCUCAAAAUACUUAUAGACACAUACACAAGUCGUAUUGUUCGCGGCCAAUCCACACAAAAAGAUGUUAUUGAGCGGUAAUUUUGGAUUGGACAGAAUCGCGAACGCUUGAAAGCCAUGAAAGCAUUGAAUGCCUUGUAUGUCUUGUAUGCCAAGUAUGCCAAUGUCUUAGUUGAAAACGUAAACUCGUUGUAAAAAGCAAAAUCUGAAACCUGAAACCAAACUGCAUAUACUCUAUGCAAUCUAUUGAACAACACUACUACCGUGAGACUGAAGAACAAAAUUCAAAAUAGAUGCAAACUGCUAGUGAAGAAAGACGCCAUGUUGGAUUCAUUUGAUGCCAGGGAACGUAGCUACGAUAACAGUGCGAAUGGUAUUAAUUUCACGAUCAGAAAGCUCAAGAAGUAAUGAUUUUUGUGCUGAGGAGAUGGAACAUGUUGAUUCAAGUAGGAAUGGACAGGCUAAUCCAGUUGACGAUUAUCAACCGUUACAACUCCAAGAGUUGGGUACUGAAGAAGCUUCGAGCCAUUCUAUCUGUAAUGGUGGAGAUGAAAAUGCUCUCCCCCAAUGGGAACAGGUUGAACUGGUUGACAGGAUGCAGAGACCGGAACAUCAGCCUUUUCUCUGGCAGGAAUGUGGUAUUCAAGUCAAUGUGCUGAGUGUACCUAUUCAGGAGACGGAACUAUACAGAUCGCAGGAGUCGGGUACUUGCCAAACACUUGAUCAGGGUUGUGCCUGGAACCACCCCUUGCAGGAGAUGGAACAGCCAGCUUUAAGACGGCCAUGUGGAACUUACGGCUUGCUUGCUUGUCAUCAGCCUUGUGAUGAUGGCUUCGUAAAUGUAGUGAGUUCUUUGGGUAGGAUCCAACAGCCUAUUGAGCAUUGCUGUGGGCGCCAAGAAAUACGAUUAUGGCAAGGACAACUUGAUAGGAUUGCUUCACAAAAAUCCACAAGGAACAAACAAAAUCCCCGAGAGACUUAUUUCAUAAUGAAAUAUACGGAAGUCGAGCGGUUUCGCCAGGCCGAUGAUAACGGAGUGGCACCAGCUGUUUUCGGUCCCGCCAUUGACUCCGAUAUCUUUGAAUAUAAGUUUGGGGUAAGGAUGUAUCCCAAUGGAGUUGGUGACGGAAGAGGCAGAUUCGUCGCCAUUUUUGUCCACAUGAUGGAGGGUGAGCACGAUGACUUCUUAUCUUGGCCCUACGCUGGAAGAAUCACUUUGUCGGUUUUGGAUAGAAAUGGACAAAGGGACAACGACAUCAGCCACACUUUGCAAGCUAAACCAACAUUAGCUGCUUUUCAAAGGCCUCGAGAAGCCAUUUGCCCAAUUGGAUAUGGCCUCAUUUACUUCGCUAGGAUAGAAGUGCUCUUCGGUCCUCAAUUUGUCAAAAACGAUGAACUGUUUUUGAAAAUUGAGUUUUCAUCAACAUGAAAAAAACAGUAGUUUUAAUUAGAAACUCUUCACAGUGGCCAAUUAGCAUUAUCAACUCGGUUGAUAAAUCCAGCUGCACAUUGUGUUGUUAGACUUUGACAGUAUCAGCUCAUUCUCUUUCUUAUGGCUGACAGAAUUCUAAAUCGUUUUUAUGUAACGUUAGAUUUAACUCUUCUCUACAGGACUCCUCGAACCCUUAGACUGGAAAAAAAUCCUCCAAGAAUUCUUGGCACAAGUCAAGUUUGCUUAAUGUUUCUUUGUUGCCACUAAAAGAUCUUCAAAUGGUCAAGUUGUGUUAAAUUUUGCUUUCAAAAAAGGUUUUAAAGCGAAAAGAUAUAAAAAACUAUGAUGCAGAACCAAUCAAAUCAAGAAGUUUUAUGCCUAAGAUUUUCGUCGAGUCUUUCAAAUCUAUUUGCUGUAUGAAAAGCUAGCCCUGAACUUUUGCCUGCGGCAUGGGCAAAAUGUUCUUAAUGAAAAGUGAUAAUUCAAGUUCAAGUUUAUUAUUUCACACUGUUUACAGAAAAAAAUAACAACAUAACAUGAUUUACAACGAUAUAGAAAAAAAUACAAACAGAAAUUAACUACAAGAAAGAAUAUUUAAUCGUGACCAAAGUAGCCAAUGAACUUUCGAGUUGAUCACAGUCAUGUGUAGAUAUGAGUUAGGGUUGGCCACAUGUUACGUAUAAUUUAAAUUAAUAGUUACAUUAAAGACGAUAUUGUUAUCGUAAGAAAAGAAAGACAUACAUAAAUGCAUGUUAGAAUAGAAGGAAAACUGCAU